AUGGACACCAGGGCGAUCACCAGUGUCAUUAGAGACAGCAUGAUUGCUAUCGACAUCGGUGGUACUAUGUCUGAUGUGAGAGAGACGCUUAGCAGACUUCACGAUGAAAUCGAGGCACUCGAAGGCUGUAGCGUGGUAUGGCUUAGGGAGUUCGCUCAAGAAGUUCUCGGCUCCAUCCAUCAGCGCUGCUGGGGACAGAGGGGCAGAUCCACAACACCUCCUCCAGUUCAACCUCAGCCUUCUACCCCGCCAAGAGAGGAGCCAGUAGCUGGGCCCAGCCGUGCUCAAGACAGACCUAGUCUCAGGUUCAAGACCCGCACUCGUAGCUUCCGCAACAUUCUCUACUAA